AUGGGAAGAUCACCUUGCUGCGACAAAAAUGGCCUGAAGAAGGGCCCUUGGACUCCAGAAGAAGAUCAAAAGCUCGUUCACUAUAUACAAUUGCAUGGAGCUUCCAACUGGCGAUCCCUACCCAAGAAUGCUGGGCUUCAAAGAUGUGGAAAGAGUUGCCGUUUGCGCUGGGCAAACUAUUUAAGGCCUGAUAUAAGAAGAGGAAGGUUCUCUUUUGAAGAAGAGGAAACCAUCAUACAGCUACACACUAUUCUUGGAAACAAGUGGUCUGCUAUCGCUGCACGCUUGCCCGGAAGAACAGACAAUGAAAUCAAGAAUUAUUGGAAUACUCAUAUUAGAAAAAGGCUCCUUAGGAUGGGAAUAGAUCCAAUCACCCACGCUCCCCGAUUGGAUCUUUCGACUUCUAUCCUUAGUUCAUCAGCACAACUCAAUCUUUCAAACCUACUCGGUCUCCAAGCGCUCAUGAACCCUCAACUCCUAAGGCUCUUGAUUUCGAAUCUGAAUUCACCAACAGCAAUCCCUCAAAUUAAUCAUGAUCAAGUUCCUAUUUUUCAACCAACUCAAGGAGAAGAUCAAGAACUUCUCUCAUUGUGUACUUCUACUCAACCCAUUUUUCAAACUGGGAUGAACAAUUUAGACAUGAGUCAAUUCUCUACAAUCUCCACAAACUUUGGCUACCAAGAAAAUGGGAAUAUCAUUAAUGCCACAUUUUCGCCAAAUCAUAAUCAAAGUUUUGGUAUGGUUCCAAAUCUAUCGAGUAACUCGAGUUUUGACAACGACUUGAAGAACUUUCUCAUUGAUUCCAAUUCACAAACGAAUGGGUCAAGCCCAUUGGAGCCGCCCAUGGCAUCUACUUACAUGAACAACAACAACAGCAUAGAGGAUAUAAUUGAGAGGGAGUGCUACUCUAGCAUGUUCAAAUUUGAAAUUCCAGAGAGUUUAGACAUGGAUAGUUUCUUCUAA